CGCUUAAGGGAGCGUCUCCAUUUGUGAGCGUGGCCGUCCGAGCAGCGAAUCAAAGGAGCCGAGAGACCGGCGCCGAGGACCUUGCCGAGCCGGGGAAAGAGUGAUCGCCAAGUCCAGUGACGGCUGCCCUACCCAGGCGAAGAGAUUGCGCCUUUCCUGCUGCUUCAUACCCGGGCAGAGAGGCGGCUCCGGGCCUGGCCGCCGCCCCCCAAACCUUCGGGCCGCAGAGGCCGGGGUCAAAAGACACCUUCCAGCCGGGGCCGGGGCCGGGGCCGGGGCCGGGGCACCAUGAGUGAGCAUGGCAAAAGGAAGAGGAGGAAGAGUUUAAAUCCCUCGCGUUACUCAGGGUCUGAGUCCACAGUUGAAGAUGAAGAAGAAAACAAUCCUGAACACUCUAACAAUUCAAGCGAUUCACAAGACCUUUGCAUGGCAGUGAGACCAAUAAACUCUGUUUUGAAAGGAACUAGCAAGAGGCAGUGUGGGUUUGAUAACUGGAGCCCUUUUAACGACCAAGAGAGCAAAUUUAACACAUACCAUCCCGAACAAGAAGUUUCAACUGCCAACAAACACCAAGACGAUACAACAGAAAGUUCAGUUAGCGAUGGCUCGGAGAGACGGGCCAAAUCCCCUUGCUCGACAGUUCUUUAUCAACAUAAGUGGCCUCUGCGAAAACCGUCUUGUGAUGGGCUGUACAGCUGCGAGCAUUGUGACUUCAAUAGCAAGUACCCGCUAGAGCUGAAGCAGCAUGUUAUUCUCAGGCACACGGAUACUCUGCCUAACAUCUGUCCAGUUUGUAAGCGCGAAUUUCUAACGUACAAUCUGCUCCACAAGCACUUACAGGUCCAUGAGGCAGAAGAGCCAAAUGCCUGCCAGUUAUGCAGCUACAGUGCUGAAAACCCGAAGGAGCUUGAGUUACAUGUGGCAGAUGUCCACAACACUGAGUACCUGUACUGGUGUGAGCAGUGCAACAUUCACUUCUGCAGCACCAGUGAGCUCCAUCUUCACUUGCAGCAGCAUGAUGGUGAUGAGCAGUACCUCUGUCAGUUCUGCGAGUAUGGCACAGAUGAUGCUGCUGAGCUGCACAGCCACGUCCUUGCUGAACAUGCGUACAGCCUCAUGGAGAUGAAUGACAGCUCUGAGGAUGGACUUCAGGGACCAGCGGGCUUUAUGAGUAAAGUGAGCUUUGACCGAGAGAGGAACUUCUUUAUCUGUCAGUCAUGUGGCUACAGAAGCCGGUUGUAUGGCAACGUCAACCGACAUGUGGCAAUUGAGCAUGCACGGUUCUUUCCUUAUGUUUGUGACGAUUGUGGGAAGGGGUUUUGCAACACAGCUGAAUAUAACAAACAUUUGAACUUGCACUCAUCUCAGGAGAUCUACUUGUGUCAGUACUGUGAUUACUCUACUGAGCAAAUUGCUAACCUCCGAGCACACAUAGACAUGAGCCAUGCUGCAGCGCUCCCAUACAAAUGCGAGAUGUGCAUGUUGAGAUUUGCAAGUGACAGUGAGCUCAUGUGGCAUCUUGCUAAACACAAACAGAACAAUGAACUGUGGUAUCAGGGAUAUGAUUAUUAAAUAACAUCAUUUAAACUUGGUUACUGUGGCUGGGUCUAUAGAAUUUCAAAAGUGAGAGAAACUAACUGCGUUUCUUUUUUAUGAUUUGGAGGAUGUUCCUGUGGAAGAGUGCCAUGUAAAGCCUGAAAAGCCUCUCUGACUACCAGAUAAUCCAUGGUGGCUUAAUUUGAAAGUGUGGAGCAUUUUCGAUUGAUUUCUAAUUUUGCUGAUUGUAGCACAGUACAUGAUGGUUGAGGACAAAGCAAGAGAACAUCCCAAAUUCCAACCUGUCACAAAUGUGAACAUUUUAAAGCACAGAUUGUGAACAGUGACUUUAAGUGGAGAACUGUAAAAGAACAGUCUGUGUCCUUGUGCCUGAAAAGCAGCUAGAGAUAGUUUCCACUUUAGACAUGAUUGAUGAUCCAUGGACAAAUUGUGUCCACAAUUGAGCUAAUUUUCAGAUGUGCUUAUUUUUUCUCUCAAGUUUCCACUCAAACUCAUUUAUCACCAAACACAACAUCUGCCAUGAACCAGCUUAAUCCGGCAGUGCUUUAGAAACUAUUUUUAAACUUAAAAAAAAAGUCCUUGAUCUAUUUGAAUAGUAACCUGGUGCAAUUUGCUCAUUAUAGCUGAAAAUGGAUUUAUCACAAAAAAUAUAAGCAUUUUAAUCAAUGUCUAGUCCGCCAACUGUGAGUAACCAGCUUUUCAAAUAACUGCAAUUGACUUAAAAGAACAGUACAUUUGCUAGUUAAAAUGGUGUACAGAAAUCAGUUUCUUAUUAAGUUAAAAAUUUUAUACUCAAAAGCUUUUAAAACAUACCUGUUAUAUCCUUGCAUUCACAGGAUCAGUUAAAUUUAAGAGCUUCCUUGAAGGUUCAUAAAUAAACACAAUUAGUAGAAAUUCAUAAAGAUGAUUCAUUCAACCUGGAGGUUUCUCAGUUUUGUGGGCUGGUCUGGCUUCUAGCACAAUGUUUUGUAGACUGGUGCAGAAGAUUGUGGAAAUUUAAUUAGCGGUUAAAGUUUUGUGAUUUUUUGACUGAUUUCGAGCAAAUUGUGGCGAAAGGUCAGCACAGCCAAGCGGAAAUUCCAGGCCCUGCUUUCUGUAAAAUCAUUGAGUCUUUUGCAGAUCAUUUUCUAAUCAAUCUUUGGGUUUGCAAUGGGAAGCAGUGUAUUUACAGGUUGUAGCUGUUGCAUAGGUGAGAGGAGAAUAAGAGAGUAUAAAGGAAAGGGGAAAAUCUCCUGUAUCUCUCAAAUAGAUCAGUGGAAUAAUAUUGGCUGCGUGUUUCAUCCACAGGCUGGACUAUCCUAACCAAACUGGGUGCUGGGAGAAGGCCAGAUAAUACAUUUGGAAAAAUUACAGAACAAAAUUAAAGUUGAAUGUGUCUCAGCAAAAGAUAACUAAUCCAGGAGGGGUAACAAAAAGAUCUUGUAGGAUUUUAUUGCAAAAUAUCAAUUAUUCAGAUACAACGAUGCUGUUCUUUUUAGGGCUUCACCACAUUAAAGUUGGUUAGUAAUGGACCAAUGACUUGCAAUUUUCCUCCUUAAAUGUGUAAAUAUAAAAUGGUGCUUCCUUCAAAUAAAUCCACUAUAUCAGAGUGCACCUCAGAAUUGGAUGGAUGUGAUGGUAAUGUAUAUAAACCGAAGAUGGUUCAUGUACCUGAGUGUCUGCCACUUUAGUGACUUCGUGGGUAUCAUCUGAGCACUGAGAUUUGAUUUUCUGACGUAUUCUAUAAUUCAUUGACUGUUGUUUAGUAUUUAUUUUGAAGGCAUCUAGACCAUGGGUUGUAGUGCAGUAUGAUGGAUCUCAAACCAGCUUAUUUGAAAGUGGUUUGGGCAAAAAUUCACUCCCUUUCCUAUAAUGUAUAUUGGUAUGAUUAAGUAGGCUGUAUAGAGCUGAUUGUGUUAAAGAUCGUGUCAUGUGAUGGGGUAAAUGACAUCAAUUUUGAAACUUAAAAUAAAUUCUGCCAGCUCAGUUGGAAAUUAUGGUUACCUUGUUUCAUUAUAUUCAGUGUGGUUGCAUUCUUACAUGCUCAGUCAAUAAGCAAAACUUACCUUUAGGUUCUCUUUAAGCUUCUGACAAAAAGUGACUUUUAAUAUUUGCCUUGUGUAUAAAAAUACUGCUUAAUAUAAACACAUUAGUUGAGCAUUCUAUUGAAUUGAAAAGAAUGAUGUACUACAAGUCAUACUUAGUGUAAAAUUGGGCAUUGGGCAUAAAAGUUAGGUUUUUUGCAGUUGAACAAAGUGUGGGAUAGAUCCAUAAUGUCACUUAGAAUAUUGUUUCCGCUGCUAAUACGCAGGAUUAGGCCCACAGUUGACCACCUAGUUGCAGGAGAUUUAUGAAGAGUCUUAUCCAGCUCCUAAAAGGCAUGAGCUCAGUGCACCAAACAAAUCACAACUUUUAGCAUCUAAUCGACAUUCUGACAAAGAGGCUGGAAUGCAACAUGGAAAUGUCAUACAGGUACUGUAAAGAAGCUUUUUUGAGAUUGAGAAUAGGCUUGAGGCUAUCACUGGGUACCACCGGGAGAAAAUAUUUUUUCUUAAUAGUGACAUAAUUUAUCUUGAUAAGCACAAAGUUCACCAAAGCAAACAUUUAAUCCAUGGUUUUUAAUUCCUACAUUAAGGCAUUGCAGAAUAUCAAUUGGAGCCACUUUUAGAUAAUUCAAAACUACAGUUUAAGCUUGGUCUGGUUGGUCAUAUAUUCAUUUGGUGUUUUGUCUGAAUGGAAUCAAUUACAUCUGUGAACACUUUUUUUUACAAAGUAUCAACUUAUUUAAAGGUGGAGGGAAUAAAACCUUAGCUGAUAUUCAACUGUUAAGACCAUCAAAGAAAAAGUGUUAUUUUAUAAUACCAUAAUAUCUAACAUUUUGGUUGGGGUAAAAAGAGUUCUGUGUUGGCAAGAAGUCCUCGCCUCCAAACUCAAGUUCCAGAAGAUUUCAAAUUGUGAACAUUGCAACUGCAGAUUUUAUUGCCAAGUAUAAUCUUUGACAUAACUCAUAACUCUGUUAGAAAAUGUACCUGUCUGUUAUACAUACCAUAAAGAAGUUAUGUAAAGCGUCACACAAAUGAUCUAGAAAUUUACUGGUACCUUUACACAAAUUCCUGUAGAACGCCAUUUAUCUUUUUGAGGGCAAAAUAGUAGCAAAAAAACCUUUUAAAGUUAUUUUUAAAGUAUUUGUGAAAUGAAAUACUUAAGAUAACUUGUACAUGCAAUGUGACUUGUUGCAGUUUCUCAAUGCUUGACAAGUAACUUUGUAUUUGCUUAUUUUUGUACACCUCUGGUUUUGAUGGAAUCCUCAUGUUUUAUUAAACAAAUGGAGAAAACAUUUGCAUUCUUGUAACAUUGCACAGCACUCUAUAAAAGUAACUGAUAGAAAGUGGUAGAUUGUAUAAUGGGAGUAUUUUCAGACAUUUAAAGUGUGAACAGAAAGUAAUGCUGUACUUGUUAUGGAAACUAGAGCUGUAUUAUAAGAUCAUGGUAUUAAAAUGUAAUUUUUGCACUUU